GCCAGAUGCAGCGGGCGAGCGGAUUAAAUCAUUUAAUUCGACGCAGGUACCAGCCAUGAGUCUGGGCGCUAAGGCUCCUCCUUGUACUAGUAUGAGCGGUCUAAAGCUUCCCGUCCUCCCUUAUGAAAAGCAAGAAGAGAAAGUGUGGUUUCAUCCCUAUGAGUUGAUGAUGGUUAUGGUUUUUAUUGUUCGUUUUCUAUUAUUUUUGCCUCACUUCCACUGCUGCCUACUCCAUUCAGGGUGUAUAAUACUACAUAGUAGUAUAAGUCUCAGAGAAAACCUCCCUGAGGUGGAGCUCGGCUAUAGCGUGCCCGUUAUCAGUGAUGGAUGAACCUGUGGGCCAUCCUGGAAUGAUCCAUGAUUCAUCCAACAAGGGAGGUUGAGGUGGCCAAUGACAUGGAACAACUGCAGCACACGAGGCAAAUGCAAGACUCCGGACCAGACGAAACCACAAUCAAGGAGCACAAUGCCCUGCAUAUGACAGUCUGCUAUAGAAAAACCCGGCUUACUGACAUAGUACUAGUCACAUACUCUAGAGGUCUACUAAGUAUACCUCAAACUGUCAAUCACACAGAUGGUCUGUGAAACAAGGUUAAACUGUGAAUCAUUCCUGACCUUUCCUUGGCUUGAUAGCCGCCGCAAGCACCGAUUUAUUAGCUAACAUUCGGGAAAAAAA